CUAAUAUUAGUGAAUGGUUCACGUGGAACACCAUUAGGCUCAAGAUAAGAGGAAUACUAUAACAUACUUCUACAUUAUCAUUCGUAUGUAGCUUCUUCUUACCUUUCUUGAUUCAUCAUCAGCCAUAUCAUGGCAAACCAGUCUUGUAUAUUUAUCUUCUUUCUUUUGGCUUUGAUAGAACUAGUAUUUGUGCAGUUAAUUUAUUGUUCUUCUCCCGUCCGGUCAUCAAUACCUUUGCCUAGCUACAAUAUUUAUCACCGGCACUCGAAUGAGGUUACCAGUGUGUUAGGCGGAAAAGGGUUGCCCAAACAUGGCUCGGCGGAGCACUACACCGCCUGGACAGCUCGUGACCAAUACCGCCGCCGCCGCCUCUCUAGGGCACUCACAUUUGGUGGGGGCGAUGUCAAUAGUCAGAUAAAAAGCUUGGGAAACUUGCAUUAUGCUGAAAUACGUAUUGGUACUCCUGGGAAGCCAUUUAUGGUCGCCCUUGACACAGGGAGUGACAUAUCCUGGUUGUCAUGCCUUUGCAAGAACUGCGCAGACGUCUUUGAAACAGACAUGGGAGAAGUGUGGAAUGAUCGAGACUGGGGCUAAUUUGGAGGGUGGCACAAUCAAUGGUUUGCUAGGGCUGGGCUUUAAUACGCCUUUGGAUUUACCUGGCAUGUUAGCAUCCCAAGGGCUGGUCCCUAACUCCUUCUCCUUAUGCUUUGGCCUUGAUGGCAAAGGCAGGCUUGCAUUUGGAGACAAGGGUAGCAGUGCCCAUAUGAGAGCACCACUAGACCCGGAUGGUGAGGGUUACAACAUACAGAUAGAGAAAAUAUCUGUGGAUGACAUUGCAUUGUAAGCAACAUUGGGUUUGUAGCGCUAGUUGAUUCCGGCACCUCUGUUACACAGUUAAAUGAACAAGCUUAUUUCUUUAUAGCAGAGAAUUUUAAUUCUCUUGUGAAGGAUCCACGCAUCCCUCCCUCCGAUGCAUAUCCAUUUCAGUAUUGCUAUACUCCAAGAACAAAUCACACGACACAUCGAACACCUUCUUUGACCUUCACGGUGAAAGGAGGAGCCGAUUUUGAUGUUGUUACCCCAAUUUCCAUAACGACUCUUCCGGGGUUGGAUGGACCAGCUUACUGUUUAGGUAUUCUUAAGAAUAAGAAUAUUGAUAUCAACAUCAUUGGGCGUAAGUAUUAACUUUUUUUUCAUUGAAUCUUUUAUUCCACAUUAACCAAUUUCAAUAUCUAUUUUCACUUAUUUUGAUCUUACUUAUUAAAUCAUGCAUGCUGCGUAAUAUAGUCAUAAUACUGGUGGUACCUCGUUAUUGUAUUUCGUGCUUAAUCUUGUUUUGGAAUUAAUUAAUUUUUGAAAAAUUAGCUUAAUUUAACAUCUUUAAAUUAAAUCCAUUGCACUUCAAUUCUUUUAUCCAUACUUUUUCCAGAGAAUUUCAUGAUAGGCUAUCACAUUGUCUAUGAUCGUGAAGAGUCUAUUUUGGGGUGGAAACAAUCUGAUUGUAAGUUAGCUUUUCUAGCUCCAAAAUCCUUAACUAUGGCUCAUAUUAUUGUUCUAGCUACAUGGAUAAAAGUAUAGCAAAAAUAGAACUAUCAGAUUUUGAGUGGACAAAAAUAAGAUCAACUUUUAUUCUAGAUAAAAAUAAAAAAUAUGAUUCUAUUUUAAAUCAUAAGUUAUUAUUUAGUAUUAUUUUUUUCAAAACCCUUUAGAAUAUGAUGCGUAAAUGUAUUCUUACAAAUAAACGAGUCGAGAUCAUCAAUUAUUAUUAAGUCGCUUUAUUUUUUCUAUUCUCAGGUAUAAUAAAAGAAGCAAAAACUACUCCCUCGAGCAAAGCAUCGGGAGCAACAAUGCAGAGCUUAGUAGUGAUGAGCUUUUUAAUCUUGUUUUCUUCUGGUUACAUUUAUUUUGUAACAUAGUUAUAAUUUCAUACCCCUAACUAGUACUCCCUCCGUCUCGGUCAUUUCUUCCGGUUUUGACCGGUAUCGCAAAUUUAGGUAGUGGAAAUAAAGUGAAAAUGUAUGGUUGUAGUUGUGUAAGAAAAAGGUGAAUGAAUGCGAACCACAUAUUAUUUCCAAAAGUGAAAGUUGGAAGAAUUAAUUGGGACGGCCCAAAAAGGAAAGUUGGAAGAAAUGACCGGGACGGAGGGAGUACGAUAGAAGCAUUUGCAAAAAAAAAAAACUAGUAUGAUAGAAGCAUAUUUUUCCUAGAAAGUGCUAAAGUUUUGAUGUGUACAGAAAUAAUUAAAGGAACAUUGUAUGGUGCAUUUAAGGUACAUAUCUUGUAAUAUUGUCACCAUGAAUCAAUUAUAAUCAUCCUCAUCCUCA